AGACAUGUCUCAUCCUUUCCUUGCCUGUCCCACUCUAUAGGCCGUCUCUCUCCCACCCUCUACUGGCCGGUUAGCGCCAUUACAUCCCCCAACUCCUGCCUGACUUUCUCCCGGUUCCAAGCCUCAUUCCUGCCCCUCUGUGUCCAAGUGUCCCAGCCGAGCCCCCAGCUCCCUUCCCAUGGCUGCCCCCCUGCUGCUGCUGCUGCUGCUGUGUGCUUGGCUGGCUGUGCCCUCCGUGCCCGGUUUGCUCUCCCUGCAGCCCGCUGACCUGUUGCUGUGGGACGGGGUGGCUCACUUCUCCCGGGGAGACUGGUAUGGGGCCCGGAGCAGGCUGCUGGGGUCGCUGCAGAGCCUGCGGGAGGUGCGGGGAGCGAAGCUGCGCUGCGGGGCGCAAUGUGGGCUCGGAGGGGCCCGAGUGGAGGAGGCGGUGUUACACCGAGCGGAAUGCCUGCGGGCCUGUGAGAGGCUGGAGCUGGGGGAGCCCUCCCGGUACCGACUCACCCAGGAGAUGGAGAGGAGCUUCCACAAGGCCACCCCCUAUAACUAUCUGCAGAUCAUCCACUAUAAGCUGGAGGAGUUGGAUGAGGCUGCUUCUGCCGCUUUCACAUUCUACUUAAGGAACCCACACCAUGAACAAAUCAAGGACGAUGUGCAGCGCUACAGGACUAUGAGGGGGGUGAGCAAGCAGAGCUUUCGGGACCUGGAAGAACCCCAGCACAUGGUGCUGUACUCCAGGGCAGUCUCUUUGCUGUCUGAAGAAAAGCUUGGCCCUGCUGUGUGGCGUCUGGAGGAGUCUCUGGCGCUCUAUCUCUCUGCACUGGAGGAGUGCCGCUCCCUGUGUGAGGGGACGCGAGAGCGGGAAAAUGAGGAGCACAGGGAUAUAUCUGAGGUAAUUGCAGAAUAUUACAUCCAGGUGUUGCAGUGCAAGCAGCGGUGUGUUCUAGAAGAUUCCUUGAGGUUGGGGCAGAAGCGAUCACGGGAGGACAUGAUUAUUUCCCACCUGGCUUUACUGGAGCAGGGCUACACUAAACUUGAGAACUGGGAAGCUGCAGCUCAAAUCGGCCAAUCCUUACUGCUCUUCUAUCCGCACAAUGAGACUGUACAAAGGAGGCUAAGCGAGUAUAAGCAGAAACUACACGGCCAGAGCGGUGGAAAACCGCGGGAGAUUAUCGCCACGUAUGUACACCAGUCUCUCUUGGAGAAGAGGCUACUGUAUUACGCAAUGGAAAAUCUGGGAAUUUCAUUUCAGGAUCCGGAUUUGUGGACUCCCGAAGAAAUCAUCCCUGAGAGUCUCAGAGAGACAGUGAGGUUAGGGAGAGAGGCAGAGGAACAGAGAGGGGGUGAUUUGCCAUAUGAGGAGGUUACUGUGACAAUGACCCCAAAACAAAUGAAUGGCACAACGAGAGUAACUAUGGAUGGAGUGAUAAGCAAGGAGGAGUGCGAGGCACUGCUGAGUCUGGCAAAGGAAGCUGCGGGAUCUGGAGAGAGAGUCAAAGGCAGACGGUCACCUCACACACCACACGAGAGAAUUCAGAGUCUCAGUGUCUUACAAGCUUUACAGAUGGCCUCCUCCGGAACGGUGGAUUCUUCCCAAGCUCACCUCCUGUAUCACACCAGCGAGCGCGCCCGGGUACUAGCAGAGUUCUACUUCGGAACGAAGAGGUUGCACUUUUCAUACACCCAUCUCGUGUGCCGCACAGCCAUCGAAGGAAAGCAGGAAGGACGUACAGAUUUCAGUCACCCCGUCCAUGCAGAUAACUGUGUGCUGGACACAGAGGAGAAGGAGUGUUGGAGAGAGCCCCCGGCCUACGUACACCGAGACUACAGUGGCCUCCUGUACCUGAAUGAGGAUUUCCAGGGGGGCAAUGCCUUCUUUACAGAAAUGGACGGCACCACCAUUACAGCAGAGCUACGCCCCAGCUGUGGCCGACUGGUCUUGUUUAGUUCAGGUGGAGAAAAUGCCCAUGGAGUGCGUCCUGUUACUGAGGGCAAACGGUGUGCCGUAGCGCUGUGGUUCACCGAGUCAGCAGAACAUGCAGAGCAGGAGCGCUCCCAAGCAAGAGCUCUCAUGAGAGACAGGGAUGGACCCCAAGAGAGCACAGAGGAAGAGACAACAAAGAACAUAAGAGAGAGCGGCAGGAGUGGCAGAAGUGGCCGAGAGACAACCACCGCUGGUGAAGACACCACCUCAGACCCAGAGAGACCCUCAGGCAGAACGCAGAAAAAGAGACCAGCCAGGAAGUUUACAGAUGAACUCUAGAGACAGCUCUGGGAGAGGGAUGUGAAUGUGACUGCCCCACUAUGUGGCCAAAGGGACAUAAUACUUUAUAAAUAGGGAAGGCUCAGUGUGCAUUGAUCACUUUCCUGGGGUGGGCGGGACACGGGAGAAUAAACCUCUGCAUUGGUGGGGGACAUUGCUAUGCAGAGCUCUGGCAGGGACAGGGUUAAAAGGAGCAGUGUUUUUAAAAGUGAACGCUCUUCUUGGUGCUUGCAUAGAACUGGGGGUUAAUAGGCUCAACCACUGGCCUUACAGGUGAUGUAGAACUACAGCUAUCAGCAGCACAAAGCGAUGGGUUGUGCAGAAGUUAUACUAGCUAUAUAGUGUUACUAGGUCACUGCUUUGCAGCUAUUCGUCAGGGAAAAGAUAUAUCCUGCAGAUUGGUGGGGUGAGGGGGUUAAAUAAUCUACCCAAACUAAUGGGUUAAUAGGGAAACCCUCUUGAAAUAAAGGUGACCAGUAAGUGAAAGGGUUAAUGGGGGAUCAGGGAAAAUUGCUGUGGGUUGGGGCACAAAGCCGGUUCUGUAGUCCCAGUGCCCUGGGGCAAUCAGGUGAGCUAAGUCCCUGCUGUGCCAGAAUAUCAGGAACUUCUGGGUUGUGCAUAAUGGGACGUGUGUGUUUAUCCAGCCCGCAGGGCAGAGAGCGACAUGCCUUUAUAUGGGGAACAGGGGACACACAGAUACAGGCCAAGGAAUGAGAGAGGAGCAAUGUGCCCAAACACAGGAACCCCCAGUCCCUGUAUCUUCAGCCCCAUUUCCUUUGUACUUUUCACUUCCUGCCUUGGGGGGCUCCUGGUCUCCUCUUGUAAGGCUACGGUACAAAACCUCAGGAUAUUUCUCUGAAGGAUCACAAAGUUUGAGCCAAUUAACCCGACUGCCCCUCAGUUUCCAGUAUUUUAUGUUCUGCGAAGGCACAACAAUCUUUAUAAACAUGAAUUUUACAAAUC